AAGCAUUUUGUAUUAACUAAGCCAACGUGUAAACAUUAAAGCGCACAACAUAAUUACUAUAAGCAACUAUAACAAUUGUAAAUAUUAGAACGCCCCGUGUAUAAAAAACGAUCAGUUUGCUUUCUAUCUUUCGCACUCGUUUCGCCGCCGCCAAUUUGCGCGCUGCCGCCUGCCUCUGCUCGUGUAUGUGUGAGUGCCUUGAGCCCGCCUUCGCUCGUGCAUGUGUGUUCGCGUGUGCGUAUUAAUGAAUUAAGAAAAAAGUAAAAGAAAAUAUUCAAAACAAAAGUGAAAUUGACACGUGCAGCCCAGUUGCCGGCGACGUCUGCGUCAGCGUCUCUCCUCAGUUCGGCAGCGAUUUGAACAGUUUUCUUUGAUUUCUUGGAUAUUUGGCAUUUUAUUUAUUGCCCGCAAACAAAACCAACAACAAAAAACACAAAAUGGUGCAGGCUCUGGACUAUGACUGCGAGGUGCAGGGACAACAGGACAUUCCACAGGCCAUCCAGCUGCUCGGCGAGAUGAACAGCAAUGUGAAGCAGGUAACAGAUCUGGUCGAAGGAAUGCUGCAGCGCGUCAAGCGUGGGGAGCUGACCACAGAGUACGGUCUGAGCUUUCUAGAGGUCAAAUAUCACAUGCUGCUGGACUAUUUGAUUAAUCUGACGUAUGUAGUGUUGCGAAAAUGCUCUGGCGAGACCAUCGAGGGUGAUCCCUCCAUCGAACGCUUGAUAGAGAUACGCACCGUGCUCGAGAAGAUACGACCGAUAGACUACAAGUUGCGCUAUCAGAUUGACAAGCUGGUGAAAACAGCCACCACCGGUGUGUCCAGCAGCACAGAUCCCAUCCUCUACAAGCCCAAUCCGGAUGAGAUGUUGAGUGGGGCAGCCACUGGCGAGGAUGGCGACGAAUUGGAGCACUCACAAAGCGACAGCGACGAGGACGACGACGAUGAGGAGGACGAGGAUGAGGACGAUGAGGCAGCUGGUGCCAUAAAGAAACCCAAAAAGGCAGCAACGGCCGGCAAAACGGGUGUCUAUGUGCCACCGCGCAUCAAGCCCGUCUUUUACGAUGGGGAUGAGCGUGAGGCGGACAAGGAGAAGAAGGCUAUGGAGCGCGCUAAGAAGCGUGCAAUCACCUCGUCCAUGCUGCAAGACUUGAAGGAAGAGUUUUUGGAUGCACCCGCCGAGAUAUCUUCGGGAUCGCGGGCACAACAGAUGCUGUCGCAGGAACAGAAAGAGAAGCAGGAGUAUGAGGAGACCUAUUUGACGCGUCUUCCAGUAACCAAGGCGGAGAAACAUCGUCAGCGUCGCCUCACCACAUUGGGCACCCUGGGCGAUGAGAUACUGGGCGAGAUUAGCCGGGAGACGGCGCUGCGUGGCGAUGGUGGCAGCAAAAAACGCAAGUUGGGGAAAUCGCGUGGCAAGGGGAAGAAGCGGGGUGGCAAAAAGCGAAAGUUCAAUUAAUGGACAGCAGGCAGGACGGAUGUGUAGUGGCAGUGGAUGCUUCUACGAUCACGUCAUUAGAGUGGCCAAAACCUAUAGUUACAGUUUUUCUAUUAUGCUCUAUUUUGAUAUUAAACCAUUACUGUUUUUGAAAAUUAUUAUGGAACUUAAGCUUAUAUUUGAUUUGAUUUGAUUGCAGAUUUAUAGAUCUUACUGAUUAUAUUUUUAGUGUUAUGGCUUUGUUUUUGAAUUAACUGAUCAUUAAAGUUUAUUUUUGAGAAAGAAAAAACAACAAAUACUUUCUUUUAACACUCAUCGUUACAAACAACUUUCAUUUUAUUUAGGUUUUAUUUCCAUAAUUUACAUAGUAGCAGGCAAUCCAUGAACAACAUGCCUGCAAAUACCAAUUAUUAAAGAAUAUAUAUAUAAACCCAAUAAAUACAAAUAUGCGCAUUGUA